AUGAAACUCUUCAUUGCUAUAUUGCUUUGUGCAGGAACUUUUCUGUGCUCAGCGGAGUCGGAAAAUGAGAGAAGACGUCGAUCGACGCCAUUUUGCGUCUUUAACCCGCCAUCGAAGAAUCCCGUCCAAUGCAAAACGACGCCAGUGUCCAGAUGUUCAGAAAAAAAAUGCAAUUUUCUUGUUAGAGAGGGUAAAUUGAACACUGGGAAAACAGUUAAAUUGAGACGGCCAUUGAUAAAAGAAGGGAUGGAAUGCAAGAACAAAGUACUUGGAAUGAGAUGUAGCAAGGAUAUUAAUCCAUGCAAAUGUCGCCUGAAAGGCAAAACAUUAUGGGAAAAGGCUCGUGUUUAUGUGGAGAUCGCUGGGAAAGUGAAAUUAACCGAACGCUGGAUCAAAUUCACGAUCUCAGAUGGAUGCAUGUGUGCAGUGAAUAAAGUUAUUACAUAAAUCAGCUUUUCUCUC